UUCUUGUGUGCGUGUGUGGGCAUUUGGUGAGCAGGAUACGAAGCUGCAGAAUCUUUGUGCUGGCAUCCACACACAAGGAUGAAUUAAAUGCACACACGCCUCCCAGGAAGGACCAUGGCUGGAUUCUACGGUUGCCUGAAAAGUAAAAAUGACUAUAUCAUGGCUACGGGGCCAACAGAGGUCAUACAGUCACUUGAAACAGGAGAGACAGUUGAAGAGUGCACAGGAAAGAAAAAAUCCAAAUUUCAGACUUUCAAGAACUUCUUUGCGAAGAAGAAAAGGAAAGAGCCUCCACCUCCCAGGGGGGAGAGUAAUUUAAAACCUAGCCAGUCCAGCAGCGAUGUCAGCAUCUCUGUGCUCGACACUACUGCACUUCAUUCACCGAAGGAGGCUGGCCCCAAAGGAAGCAUGGGAAACAAAGCCUUGUCCCAUGACAGUGUCUUCAUUUUUGAGUCUGCACCAGGAAUUGCGGCAGGUGACACGUUCUCUCAGGAAAACAUACCUGGAAGAGUGAAAACUUUGCAGCUUCAGUUGCAGCAGAACAUCAGACUUGGUUCGCCUCCUCUUGUUAUAACUGGGAAGAAACUGGAAGAUGCAGGUGCUGUUUCUGAAGAUGACGGUUUACCUAGGAGCCCUCCUGAAAUUUCAACCCUUCAUGAAGUUCUGACAGAUUCACCAAGCAAGUCUUCCAACCCUGUUCAACGUCAUAGCUCUUUGAGUUUAGGCGGGACAGACAGUGAAGAUGAACAGAUACCUUCUGGAGCUUCCUCCAGGCCUAUCAGUCCUUCAUCCUCUGCCACUCCGGGGGCCCCUGGCUCACGAGGCAGCAGCAUCCUUCCCAUUGACUUCACCAUCCCUGCCAGUCCCCUUGGCUGCCUGGACACCUCAGCAGCCAGGCACAGGAUUGCCAUAAACCCCCGGAAACAAAAAGGCUUUACCAGCAAGAAUCAGCAAACACCCCAGGUGGAACAGCUGGAAAAUGAAACAUGUCUUCCUGCAACUCCAGAAGAGAAGGGAAAUUCAACAGAAUUACUUGAGAGUGACCAGCAUAAAAGUGAUUGGGAAGGAUUAUCAGCCCAGGUGGGAUAUUGUGCAAAGGGAGGCAGUUCUAAGGAGAUGCCAGGUAUAAAAAGUCCCACUGAUGCUGUCUGUGACUCUUGUGAUUCCACACUUGUGGCAGAAGAUUCUUGUGCUUUGCUGCAAGAGGAUGCAUGCCUUUCAGACAGGGACCAUCACUAUAAAGCAGCUGCACCCCUUCUGAGACCUGAGCCUUCUCCAGUGAACCUGGAGGAACACCACAGUGCAAAAGUGUCAUGCUGUUCAGAUGAAUCUGCUGAUGAAUUGAAAUUACAUCAGCAAAAUACCAAUACAGAAGUAUCUGCACUUCCAAAAUUGCAACAAAUUGAAGGAGAAGCUGUUGUGUUUCCAGACAUACUAGCAGCUGACUUGUUUAGCAAUGGUGUGGAAACAGAGGGCAUAAAUAUAUUGGCAGGUGUUGCACAAAGGUCCUCAGUAAAUUCUGUGGACCCAAACAUCAAGGACCAGGAAAAGGGGGAUCCACUGUUUACUGGCAAAGUAGAAGCCUGCUUGGGUACUACUGAGAAUCAUUCCAACCACGCUGUCUCAGAUGCUGCACCAAGCACUUCACAGGUUGUGGUAGCCAAUUCAGAGUCGUCUUCUGACAUCAAGACAGUGGCUGUUUUGAAGGCUGAAAACAGUUCAGUAACAAGAAAUGACAAAGAAACUUGUGCAAUAACAGAAUUUCAGUCAUCCAAAGGCAAUGCAGAAAAAAAAAUAGACACUGCUGCAUUGGUCUUGGAAGCAGGUUGCAUGCUACCUCCCAGUAAAUUGGAAGUAUGUCUUAAAGCAGAAACUGUUUCUGUUUCGAAGGGUAACCAACGCAGUCAACAGGCCAACACAUCAUACAAUUCUGAAAGACUUUCCAUUGGAUGUCUUGCCUCUUCAAGUUUGGCUGGCUUGAAGAGUAAUAUCUCUUCCAAUGAUGACAGUAAGGAGUACCACAUAAGCAGUACAGCUUCUCACAGAAAAACAGUGGAAGAUGGCCAAUCUUCAGAUGUAAAUGUAAAAAGUCCACUGAAGACUGCUUCUGCUAAACCAGUCAGAUUUACCAUUGCACCAGCAUGGCAAAGAUCUCUCUCAGGGGGUUCAAAUUCAAAGGAAGAUUCCUAUACCAGAAGUUCCCCAACGUCCCCUAUAAGACCAGAAUUGUUUGAAGGAAUGACAAAAGAACACACACAUUUUGAUGCAGUCACGCAGGAAUCAGCAAAAACCAACUCAGAUAGAUUUGAUCGAGAUUGUAGGGACAGUGAUUUGCAUUUGAAUUCUUCUAUGGAGUGGGCUGACCAUGAAGCACAAAAUGUUGAAAACCCGUUUGGGGUCAGACUAAGGAGAACAUCUUCUUUACUAAAAUACCAGAAUGAAAGCCGUGCUGAGUCUCCAAAGCUGAUCCCCUCUGCUGUUCCCACUGCUUCUUCUGCUUCAGUCAAGGAGGAUCAGAAAUCGGUGGGCACCGGGAAGCCACCUCCAGGCCUUCCUGUCAGCACAAAAUCAUUUGUUAAAAAAACAGAUCUCCUACAAGACAAAAAUUCUCCCAAGACAAGAACAGAAGAAGUGGCCAAGAAGCAAAAUGGUCAUAAACCUUCAGAAAAAGUCUCCUCUCUGCAUUUGGAAACUGCUUCCUCUGAACCAGCUUGGGUCUCCAUGGCAAAACUAAAACAAAAGGGUUUCCAGGACCACCCUCUUGCCAAAGAACAUAAAGCUGAAGACAAAGCUUUGACCAAAGUGGAUCAAGAGGAGCAAGGGAUCUGUGCUAGUGAGAACAUACUGAAGAAGAAUAUGCCUUCCAGCUUGAGCUCUCAGGACAAGAAAAUGCAAAUGAAGACCAGUGUGUCUGCUGCUGCAGGUAAAGUUGGACCUAUUGCUCAGGAAGCAUCUGUGAUUCCUGCUGUUGAAAAGGAAGCAAGACACUCCUCUAACCUGCCAAUGACACCAUGCAGCCCUGCUGAACCACCAUGGCUAUCCCUGGCCAAGAAGAAAGCCAAAGCAUGGAGUGAAAUGCCCCAGAUUGUACAAUAGCAAAUGACAUAAACAUCUUUCUUUGUAUUGCCAAUAGCUGCGUUAACUCCAUUUAAUCCCUUCUUUACUGUGACAAUUUUUUUGAGAAAUAAGAGCCUUAAAACUUCUGAUCAGACUGUUGUAUGUAAAUACACAAUGAAGAAAUGCCAUCAUAGGCUUAAUUUCAAGUAUUAGGAAGCUGAGCAUUUCCUACUACCAAAUACUAGGAAAACUUGGUCAAUUUGUUAUAUCCUUACACAUCUGACAGUGAUGUUCUAAGAAGACAUGCUUCAGGCUUUUGAAACAUUUCCCUUGCAAAACAUGUUUUUAAAGAUUCCACAGACCAUACAGUAUUUUGUGCAAUGUGGCUUUGGCUAAGAAAUUAAUGUAUGCUAUAAAAUAGAUAUAAGGCUGGGCACUGACACAUCAUGACUCAUGGGCAUUGAUGUCAUCACACUUCUUUGUCUAAUGCUCUGGGACGGGCAACCUGACUUUGCUUCUGAUUGUUCAUGGAUCUGUUUUGUGGUAGCUAUCAGAUCUAAACAGCAUUGUGAGUUGGAGUAAUUCUUGCUUUUGGGUGGUUUGAAGUCACAACGCUGUGGGUCUUGUGCUUUGCCCAUUGAUGCCCACUUGGAAUGGCCCAGAGCUACAUACCUGUUCUCUCCCAUGCACUGGAAAACCACCACACUCUAGCCUAUACUCUGCUUUUGGUUACACCUUUGGAAAUCUGGGAUAAUUUGGUCAUUCUACCAAAAACAAAGUCCUUUAAUUAUGGCAAAUAGUGAUUUAUUUUUUGUGAGAUUCCUCAGCCAAUUGUCUCUCUUAAAGAGCGUGUUGGGGAUGGGAACUAUUUGCUACCUAGAAGGUGGCAUCUUGUUUUCAGCAAAUGCCACUCUAGUCUCCAUGUUCAUGUGGAUGUGUAUUUAGUCAGUUGUAUUUAAUAUUAGUGAUAAAAGGGGCAUCUGCUUUCCUCUUUGCCUCAUCAGUCUUUAGCCAGUAACUCAACAUCAGUCUAAGAAUGUGCAGCUGGGAAAGGAUUAUUCUCUCAGGACCUGGCCUUGCAGUUGCUUAAGUUGACAGAAGUUUUGCUAUUGACUUUGAAGGAAGCAGACAUUUGAAAAAGAAGCUUUGUAAAAUUAUGUUAGUGGCUUACGUGGCAGUGGCACUUACUGGUCCUUUUCAGUUUUUGCAGCAUUGCACAUUGAUGUAGUUUUUGUUUACAGUCAGUGCAAAAUUUGAAGGCUGACUUGGCUGAUGGAGUUCAGUUCCCAGUUUUUAGCUGGGAAGUUGGUAGGUAUUUUUAAGGAAAACUUUAUCUAUUGAUAGGAUUAACUGCAAAACAAAAAAUUUGGUUUCAGAUCAGCUCAAGCAAGACUUUAAUCUUCCAGUCUUGGCCUGAAUUUAAUAUGUAGCUCUUGCAAUUUGAAAGCAAUAUUAAUUAGGAGCUAGACUGUGAUUUCUAUAUAGGUGAAAACUUACUCACCCAAGUAGGCUCACUGAGGCUAUAGAUGCUGUUUAUUUUGUACUAACACCAGACAGAGUAAGAGUUUCACAUUGGCUUGGUAAUCCAUGCCUAUUUUACUACUUGUUUUUCUCUAUUUUAGGAAGCAUAUCUUCUCUUACAAAGAACUGAAACAUUUGUAUUUCUCUGAAACCUUUGAGUGUAAUGUAAAUGAACACACUCAGCUUUGAUUCCUGAAGUUUUAUACAGCUGCCAUCCCAUCACAAGCUUACUGACCGUGUGUAAAAUAUGUGCAUUUCUAUACUCAGCAAGCUCUCUUCUCUUCUUAUUAGUGUGGAUUGUGAUACUUCACCCAAAGUACUGCAAAUUAUACUAUAAUCUCUCUUUCCCAGUGUUUGCUUUUGAUCUUAAUAUUGUUUCUGUCUUUUAUGUUUGGUAUGUAUAUAUGUUUUUGUAAUCCUUGUCUUGAUGAAACCCCUUUUGUAUUCCAUUCCCGUAUUUGGUUUACAAUUAAAUGCUGUUGCCAGUGAUGAUGAUAUAAUUCCUGGGAAAAGGAGAGUGGUAGAUGGCCUUCAUUCAUUAAGGAAAAAAUAAAAAGAGGUCUUUGGUCAAUAUAGACUUUAUAUAUGGAUAUACUGCAUAGAUCUUGUUUUGAGAUGAUUUUGUGUGGCCUAGGACUGAUCACCACAGCUGGUCAGACUAAUGGACUUUUCUAAAUCUAGCUAUUUAAAAGUUGAAAACAUCACCAGAGAGCUGAUGGCUCUCCUUUUGUUCUGGAGUUAUUGCUUCUUUCAGUGCAGGGUUGGCUUGAAAGCUAGCACUUGUGGUCGUAGGAAGCCUUGUAAAUACUCGGUUUGAAUGUGUUUUGGUAUUGCUAGUCAGCUGCUGUAAAACAUUUUGGGGUUGCUUUAAAAAAGAACACGUGAGAAUCAUGUGGUGUUACAUCUGAAAUUUACUUGCCUUCUGGAUUUCUGAAAUCAAUGUUUUCAAGUUUCUCUCUGCAACCAAGAGAAAAAAAGCAUGUAGAGAAAAAAUCAAAACUGAGCCUCAUGUAAUCACAAGACUUUAGAAGAUGGGGUUUUAAGAUAAACAUUGAAAUAUCAGUGAUUUAUUGAUGCAUUUGUAGAAGUUGGUAGCUCUGUUAGCAUGGCUUUGAUUUCCUGUCGUUCUAGUGUAGCUUUUAGGUGUUCGAUCAAUGCAAAUAACUAAUCUAAUAAGCUCAUUUUGGGUGAUUAUUUCUAGACAUAGUCACUGUCUUUCAAAAUAAGCUGUCUUGAAGUGCAGAGUUCAUGGCAGAAUGUCACUGUGAGGUUUUAUGGCUCAGGAUCUUUAGUGGAGGAUGUACAAAGCUGUCCCUGAAAUUCCCUGUACAGGAUACAGUGAGCGGGGUUUCAGCUGGCCUUGGUGCUGCUGUGUGACAGCAGAGGGUGCUAGUGCCAUCCCCCAGGAGCGCAGAAGGGUUCUCGGUGUUACAGAAAGCAGAUUUCAGUAUGCGUUUAUAUGUGCGCUAUUACAGCAAGGAGACCGGAGGCUUUCAUUAAUGCAGAGAAUUACGCAUUAUUCCAUUAAUGCAGAGAGGUCUCUUUGAAAGAGAGGUCUAUUUCUAUUUGUGAUUUGAUGGAGGUUUUGGAGAUAUAAAGUGUGGGGGAAAAAACUUUACCUUGUUGUUACAAGAAGCCCCUGAGAAUUGGUGACGAUGAUGGGGAGAGGUGGAUUACAUGGUGAGUUCAGUCCUGCAGUGAGGCCAUGCAGGAAAAUAUGUGAUCGUGUCCCAAAAGAUCAUUGCAGUUUGGCAUUUUAAUGCUGCUGCUUAGGACAGCAGCUGCCUGGCUGGAGGUUGAUCUUCAUCCCAGCCAGGUGUAGAAUCUGAUGGUUUUACGGAGGAGGUUAGAGAGACAAACAGCAACUUGGCAAGCACCUAGCUGUAGAUUAUGGCGAUUCCUCUUGCUGUAACAGUGAGCUGUAAAGACUUGGGCCAAAAGAGAAUCUGUUGUGUUAUCAUCCAGCUGGUAAUUAAGUGGGUUUGUGGACAAGAGGGAAUGAGUCAGUUUAAAUGAGGGAAAAAGACUCCAAAAUUUCCAAAGCUACAC